UGACGGAGGAAGUUGGUCUAGGUUUUGACAGAGCGAACGGUGUAGGACACGCCCAUACGUUUGUGCUGAUUUAAAUGAUGAUUUUUAUCAUUCGCUGAUAAUAAGAUAGAAAAUACAACUAACCUAAACCUAACGCUAUUAUAAAAUAUUUAUUCUGAAGUAAAAAAAAAGAACAGUGUUAGUCGAAGUGUGAAAAUUAAAUCAAUUUUGAGCAGGAUAGGCCACAUUAUGCUUAGAGUUGCAUUCUGGGUACUAAGUUUCACAGCAGUUUCGAGGUAAACGAGCUAUCACAACAAGAGUUGAAUUUAUUUUGAGUGUCUAUCAUUCAUUUAGAGAGCUCCAUGAAUGGAUCGCUCUGAAGGAAUGGACACUCUUGAGAACAGUAUGCCAGGUGGAAUGUCCAUGGGAAUGUCCAUGGGUGGCCAUCCAGGUCACCCCCCACCAGACAUCAAGCCAGACAUCUCCUCCCUGACCUCCCCCACCUCCACCCACGGAGGCUACUACGGCUUUGGUGGCAUGCCAGGCAUGGCCACCUCCAGCCAGCAGUCCCCCAGUGCUCAACAGAUGCACUCCCCCGGCAUGCACUCCCCCACCUCAUCCAUGGGCUCACCCCCCAUGCUGUGCCUGAGCCCCACCAACCCCAGCCCCUCCCCUGGUCUACCACAUUCAUCUCUACACACCAAGCACAUAUGUGCUAUAUGUGGGGAUAGGGCCUCAGGCAAACACUAUGGCGUCUAUAGCUGUGAAGGCUGUAAAGGUUUCUUCAAGAGGACGGUGAGGAAAGAUCUAACCUAUGCCUGUAGAGAUGACAAGAACUGUAUGAUAGAUAAACGACAGCGCAAUAGGUGCCAGUAUUGUCGCUACAUGAAGUGUCUUUCUAUGGGCAUGAAGAGAGAAGCUGUUACAGCCGUCCAAGAGGAGAGGCAGAGAGUGAAAGAGAAGGGGGAUGGUGAGGUGGAGAGUACCAGUGGCGCCAAUAAUGACAUGCCAGUGGAACAAAUUCUAGAGGCGGAGCUAGCUGUAGACCCUAAGAUUGACACCUACAUCGAUGCCCAGAAAGAUCCAGUUACCAACAUUUGUCAGGCAGCAGACAAGCAGCUCUUCACACUGGUGGAGUGGGCCAAAAGGAUCCCGCACUUUACAGAACUUCCCCUAGAGGAUCAAGUCAUUCUCUUGAGAGCUGGGUGGAAUGAGCUUCUCAUCGCUGGCUUCUCCCAUCGUUCCAUUAUGGCCAAAGAUGGAAUUCUCCUGGCCACUGGCCUCCAUGUCCACCGCAGCAGUGCCCACCAAGCAGGUGUUGGCACCAUCUUUGACAGAGUCCUGACAGAACUUGUUGCUAAGAUGAGAGAGAUGAAGAUGGACAAGACAGAGCUGGGAUGUCUCAGGGCAGUUGUCCUCUUUAACCCAGAUGCCAAAGGUCUGACCGCUGUCCAGGAGGUGGAGCAGCUGAGGGAGAAAGUUUACGCCUCCCUGGAGGAGUACACAAAAACCAGGUACCCAGAGGAGCCAGGCAGGUUUGCCAAGCUGCUUCUACGACUGCCAGCACUUCGCUCCAUUGGGCUCAAGUGCCUGGAACACCUGUUCUUCUUCAAGCUGAUUGGUGACCAGCCUAUAGACACUUUCCUCAUGGAGAUGCUGGAGAACCCUAGCCCCAGCACAUAGCACAACUCACUGCCACAACUCUUGUAAUAAGGCUCAGCUCUAGGACUCUACUGGACAGGAAAAUAUCAGGGCGCUUCUUCUGUUUAUUUCCUCACUGGCUGGUUUCUUUGUCACUCCAUGCUUGCUGCAGGUGGGGCAGACAGGUGCUAUACAUAGCAGUUCUUUAAAGUAUUAAUGGCAGUCUUUAGUUGACACCAGCUGCUAUGGUUUUACUGUGAUAGUCUCUAUCAUUGGUAGGGGGGGGGGGGAACCAGCAGCAGUGUCAAGUGGACUGUCAUUGUGCAGCUACUACCACAUAAAAUUUCUGGCUGUUGACUACUUGGGAAAACUUUUU